ACCAGUCCUUGCCCCUCCCCCAUCUGUGUGUUCUAUGGCUUGUGAUGGGUUGGUCACUGGAUGGUGAUCUGCUUCUUGACGGGCUGGAUGGGCUCCUUCUGUGGGCAGGUCACCUUGAGCACGCCAUUCUCGUACUGGGCGGUGAUGGCGGCCUCGUUGGUGUUGGGCAGACGCAGGCAGCGAUGGAACCUGCCCACUUGACGCUCCUAAGACACACAGACACACAGACGGGCAGACAGACAGAGGGAGGUGUGACUUGUAGGUACCGAUCGGUAGACACAUGUUUUGCCUGUGUGACGUGACGUACCUCGUAGAGCCAACCUUCGCCCUCCUUUUUGUCUUCCUUCUUGCUCUCACCCGAAAUGCUCAGCAGACCGUCCUGGAAAUCCAACUGAAGAACACACACAACACAACACACGCACACACACACAAGGGUGAGGUGAGAGGCCAUGGAUGCCCCCCUCCCUCUCUCCCUCGCUCGAUCCACAUGCCCACGUAAGUACCUUGAUGUCUUCCUUGGUCAUGCCGGGCAGCUCAGCGGCCACGAUGACAUUGUUGUUGUCGUCGUGCGAUAUGUCCAUCCGCGGCGCCCAGGUGAGCAGCGACGAGAUGCUGCUGGGCGGCCGCUCCUCGCUCACGUGCCGCGCUAUCUGCCCGGUGGCGCCCUCCUGCUCGGCUGGCUGGUCGGUGAUCAUGGCGCCCGCACCGGUGCCAGGGCGGAUGCGGCUGACGUCGUUGAAGAGGGAGUCCAUCUGGCGCUGCAUCUGACGCAGUUCACGGCCCAGCGAACGGAAAUCGGCACCUGCAGCCAUCAACACACACACAGGGAGGACGAGACACACAUGGAGAGCAAACAGGCAGACCAGUCAGGUGCUGGAGGUGCUGCAUGAUCUGUGUCUCUGUGUUACCGAAUGGGUCGUAGCGGAACAUCUUGGCAACUCGCGGCGACGACAGGUGCUUCAGCUUCAGCUUGGUGACAAACAGCACACGGCAAAUGCCAACAGACGGAGAUGACUCGACUAUAAGUUAUGGAUGAGUCGGUGAGUACAGUGGUGUGGCGGGAUGCUUGUGGCAGGCAGUGAGGCAGGCAGGCAGUCGGGUUUUGGUCUGUCG